AUGCGUCCAAGUAAAAAUAAACUGGCAAUCUUACUUCACCAUUCACCACUACUAAACAAGUUAUCAGUCAACACACCCUUCCCAAAAUGGCACUGUCAAAAAAAAAGAAAAGUGGACACAGAAUGCAGAGGGUUCCAGGAAAAAUGGACUGAGAAGUAUUUAUUCACGGAAGUGAACGCAAAACCAGUGUGCUUGGUAUGUAAUCAGCAAGUUGCAGUGUUCAAAGAGUUUAAUAUUCAGCGCCACUAUGAGACUCAUCAUAAAGAAAAGUUUGACCACUUGAAUGGACAAAUAAGGAAAGACGAGAUAAACAAAUUGGUCGCUGGUCUGAAGAAACAGCAGUCUACUUUUACACGCAGCCGAGAUAUUUCUGAUGAGGCUGUAAGAGCCAGCUACAUUAUUGCCAACGAGCUAGUGCAGGCAUCCAAGCCAUUUUCUGAUGGGGAGUUUGUAAAAACAUGCAUGCUGAAGGCUGCAGAAGUCGUGUGCCCUGAAAAGCGACCUGCUUUUGCCAAUAUUAGUCUAACAAGGAACACUGUCGCAGAUCGGGUGACAGAACUCUCAAGUGACUUGAGCAGCCAACUGAAAGAGAAAAUCAAGUCAUUUAUCGCAUUUUCAAUUGCAAUAGAUGAGAGUACCGAUGACACAGAUAUUGCUCAACUGGCCAUGUUCAUUAGAGGUGUUGAUGAAACUUUGACCAUCACCGAGGAGCUUCUUGAAAUGGUGCCUAUGAAUGACACCACAACAGCAGAUGACAUUUUCAGCGCUCUCGUUGGCGCGCUGGACAAGGUGGGAGCGGACUGGUCCCGUGCCGUGAGCCUGGCUACCGACGGUGCGCCAUCAAUGAUCGGAGAAAGGCAGGCCACAAAAUUCCGUGACAAAGUACAGACUGCAAAUGGAGGACAAGAGUUUUGGAUAUUUCAUUGUAUUUUACAUCAGGAGGCGUUAUGUUGUAAAACACUGCAAAUGGACCAUGUUAUGAGUGUGGUUGUGAAAACUGUCAAUUUCAUCAGAGUGCGCGGGCUAAAUCACCGUCAGUUUGACACAUAUCUCAGUGAUAAUGACAUUCAUGCUGGCCUACCAUACCACACUGACGUGCGGUGGUUAAGCAGAGGUGCAGUACUUAAGCGCUUCUUUGAGCUACGAGGGGAAAUUGGACAGUUCAUGGAGAAGAAGGGUUGCCCAGUAAAGGAACUUAAAUGCAAGGAAUGGGUGCAGGAUCUUGCGUUCAUGGUUGAUAUUACACAACACUUGAAUACACUUAACACUAAAUUGCAGGGCCGUAACAGAGUUGUCACUCAAUAUUACAACAGCAUAAGUGCGUUCAAGAUGAAACUGUCACUGUGGGAGACGCAGCUAUCCAACGGUGACACCGCGCAUUUCUCUUGUCUCACAGCUGUGCGUCCGGAGGCACCGGACCGUCCCGAUAAUGAUUUGGAUAAAUAUAAAGAUAACAUAACAGAUUUGCUGCAAGAGUUUGAGCAGAGGUUUCAGGUAUUCGGUGAACUUCAAAACAAAUUUUUUCGCUUGCCAUUUACAGCGAAGCCUUCUGAUAUGCCAGCUGACAUUCAACUCGAGCUUAUUGACUUGCAGUGCGAUUCCGCUAUGAAGGAUAAAUUUAGGUCAGUGGGAUUGGAUACGUUUUAUCAAUAUCUCGUGCCAGGUUACCCCAAAUUAACAGCCAUGGCUGCAAAGGUUCUAUCCAUGUUUGGGACUACUUAUCUUUGUGAACAGGUGUUUUCGGUAAUGAAUAAUAAUAAAACAAAGCAGCGCUCAAGGUUAACAAAUAAACACUUGAAUGACAUUGUUAAAUGUGCUGCUACUCAGGAUUUGACACCUAAUAUCGAUGCACUUGUGAAGGCAAAAAGAUGCCAAGUUUCAGGAGCCAGCAGCAGCAAGUAGACUGCAGGAGUGCAUUG